AUGUCUUCUAUCGCCGAUCUUAUUGCCGCACAAAAGGAGAUUAUGGAGAAUAUGAACAAGCUUUACAUGAAUUUCAAAAAAGAAGGGAAAGAAAGGAAAACCUCUGAUAGCAUUAAACGUCGUUUGCAGUCGUUAGAAGCUUUCUGGAGAGAAUUUUCGCAAAACCAUGAAAAAUUAGUCAAUAUUUGUGAUGAAACUGAAGACGAUAUAUGGUUAAAAUGCCACAAAAGUGAUAAUAUAGAGUUACACGGUUUUUGUGACGCUUCAACCAAGGCGUACGCCGCUGUGAUUUUCUGCAAGACUCCCUCCUCCGUGACCCUUGUAGCCGCCAAGGCUCGCCUCGUGCCUAUAAAGAAAGAUGUGACGUUACCAAGAUUAGAGUUAUGUGCUGCUCAAUUAAUGACAAACUUGAUGAAAACUGUUCAAACAUGUCUAUCAGAACUCAACGUUAAAACCUUUGGAUGGUCGGAUUCUACGGCGGUGUUAGGGUGGAUUAAUGGCGACCCAAGCCGUUGGAAACCGUUCGUGGCCAACCGAGUAACUAAAAUCACAGAAAUAUUACCAGCAGAACAAUGGAAUUACGUCAAAUCCAAUGAAAACCCCGCAGAUUGUGCCAGCCGAGGCAUUAAGGCCGCACAACUUAUUGAACAUCCAAUUUGGUGGAGUGGACCUGAGUGGCUUUCAACAUUUGAUGAGAAAUCUAUAGAAAAGAAACCAAAAUACACAACACAAGAAGAAACCAAAAAACAGCUUCAAGUCAACGUUAUAACCAAACCAUAUGAAAAUGACGUCAUCGGUAACUUGAUCACCGAUAACAGCAAUUACUCACGAGUGUGUCGUGUUCUCGCGUGGGUAUUACGCGCAUUUUCACGUGAUCAAAACAAACCAUCGUAUUUAACCAUUGGAGAGCUUCAGAAAGCGAAUAAUUUAUUAGUGAAACAUGUACAACAAACUGAAUUUUUGGAAGAAAUUACCAACAUUAAUAACAAAACCAAAUUGAAUCCGAAAAGUCGUUUAUUACCAUUAAAUCCAUAUUUGGAUACUGAAGGUGUGUUGCGAGUCGGUGGGAGAAUUAACCAUGCCAAUAUUAGUGAGGAAAUGAAACACCCAAUUAUAUUACCAAACAAUAACCAUCUAACUGAUAUCAUCAUUGACCACACGCAUAAAAUGACUUACCAUGGAGGACCUCGGCUCACGUUAGCGUGGCUGAGAAGAAAAUUCUGGAUUAUUGGGAGUAAUAACGCCGUGAAAAAACGUCUACGUCAAUGCAUUACCUGCCGCCGAGCUAAAUUUGAAAACAAAGAUCAAUUAAUGGGAGACUUACCAGGUGCACGGACGAACCAAACACGACCUUUUUACCACACAGGGGUUGAUUUUACCGGCUUUGUCGAAGUGAAAUGCAACAAAGGUCGAGGCAUAAAAUGCAGCAAGGGAUACAUAGCAGUUUUCGUGUGCUUAGCCACCAAAGCAGUACACCUGGAACUGGUAUCUGACCUUACUUCAUCAGCAUUUAUAGCCGCCCUAAGAAGGAUGACAGCACGACGAGGCGCCCCAAGACACAUGUAUAGUGAUAAUGGAACGAAUUUUGUGGGAGCUAACAAUACCAUACAACAAGAAUAUUUCAACUUAAAACAAACCAUGGAUGAUAACAUUUACCAAAGUCUAGCAGAAAUGCAAAUAGAAUGGCAUUUUAAUGCACCAUCCUGGCCAAGUGCAGGAGGUAUCUGGGAGGCUGCCGUCAAGAGCCUCAAAUACCAUCUACGUAGAGUACUUGGAGACCAAAAACUUACCUACGAAGAAUUUUCUACUCUAUUAACACAGUUAGAAGGCUGUUUAAACACACGACCAUUAUGUGCAAUUUCAGAAGAUCCAGAUGAUCUGGACUUCUUGACACCAUCUCAUUUCCUCAGCAGUGGACCAGUAUUAACUCUAAUCGAAANCGACGAUAGGACAGAAUCUCUAGCGUGCUUGAGAUGCAAUCAAGCUUUGAGCUUGGUUUCGUCGCAUUGA